AAUUGUUCGAAGCAAUUCAAAUUAAAUGUCACUACAGUGAAACUAACAGCAAAAAAAGAUAUUUACGCAAAAUAUCUUUAUAUACAAUAUUGUUAUUAUACAUAACAUAACUUAUAACCUCUUAAAAUGUUUAUUAAUAAAGUGUGCAGUAAAAAUCCUUCACGAAUUAUUUCAGUUAAUUCACAUUUAAAAGUAAGAGUUUUAUCAAAUAAAAGUAUUUUAUACUCAAAAGAAAAGGUUGAAAAUGAAGAAGAGCCAGUGUCAGCUCCUUCAUUUAUGGAAGUUGAAGAAGAUAAACCACAAGUUAAUUUGAAUAAAUCUCGUCUACUGCCUCAGCAUUUGAAUAUUUUAAAUAAUCAACGUCCUUAUGAUGAACCGCAUUCAUGGAUUCAUUUAACUGAAAAAUAUCAACGCAAGUUAUACGGCCGCUAUGGAAAUGCUAGUAGGGUUAACCCUAGGAUUUGCUUCCCAACAAAAGAGGAUGAACAGAUGGAAAAGGAUUAUGAAAGAAUUGCUUACCCUUUUAGUUUAGAAGAAAUGAUCGAGAAAAAUAAGAAAGAAAAAGCUGACAGAGUAGCAAAAAUAUUGCAGCGUGAGGAAGAUAUUGAGAAGAAAUUGAAAAAAUUAGGCCAAUGGACAGCUGAUCUGAAUGCAAAAAUAGCAAAGAAGGAAGCGGAUGCAUUGGCUGCUAAAGAACGAAAAGAGCGUCUUGUGGAAGAAGUAAGAAGACAUUUCGGCUUUAAAAUUGAUCCUCGAGAUGAUCGAUUUAAAGAAAUGCUGGAACAAAAAGAGAAAGAGGACAAAAAGAAGCAAAAAGAAGCUAAACGAAAAGCCAAAGAAGAUAAAAUGAUGACUAAGUUAAUUAGCAUGACUGAAAAGAAAGAAAGCAGUUAAUAAAUUGGGUUUGAGUUUGAAAUGCUACCGAAUUGUUUUUUGUUAACUCAUAAUUUCAAUGUCUUAAAACGUUAUUUUAAGAAGUACGUAUAUAUAAUAAAGCCAGGUAUACAAUUUUUUGAAUAUCUUCGUUAGAUAAGA